AUGCCAAAUGGUCUUCUAAAAAUAUUUGACUCGCAUGCAAGAGAUUCCUUUGGUAUGGCUCAUCCUCAUGGAACAUGCGUUUUGUUGGAAAUAAACUCAGUUGUUAACUUGGUAGCAUAUUUAAAAAAUCUACACAAACCAGAUGAUUUAUUUGAGCUAAAAGGUGUUGAAAUCGCAACUGCACAAUUUGCUCAAGCUACAGACAUGCAUUGCAACACAUCUGAAACAAACUCAAGGUGUUUCUCUCUAAAACAUGAAAAUGCAACACUCACUCAUGAUAAUUUUAAUUCUGAACCAUGGAUGCAGAAUGUAAAUAUAUGUGGUGCUGAUGUUGAGCUAACAAAAUCAAAGAGACAAAAAGUAUUAAGACAGCAUAAGUCAAUGAAACAAAAAGAGUUAGUAAACAACAAGAGAAAAAAUGAUUAUGCCAAUUUGGAACCUGUUAGAAAAAAGAGGAUACUUGAGAAAGCAGCGCUACGCUACAACAACGAUCCUGUAAAAAAGAAACUUAUUCCCGAUACAAACAGGCGGAAGUAUAAAUCAAUGGACCCCAUAAAGAAGAAAAUUCUUCUUGAAACAGAUAGGCAGAAAUAUAAAUCAAUGGACCCAAUAAAAAAGAAAGCUCUUCUAGAAACAAGUGCGCAAAAAUAUAAAUCAAUGGACCCUAUAAAAAAAAAAGCUCUUCUUGAAUCAAAUACAGAGAAAUAUAAAUUGAUGGACCCAAUAAAAAAAAAAGCUCUCCUUGAAACAAAUAAGCAGAAAUAUAAAUCAAUGCACCCAAUACAAAAGAAAGCUCUUCUAGAAACAAAUGCGCAAAAAUAUAAAUCGUUGGACCCAAUAAAAAAGAAAGCUCUUCUUGAAACUAAUACAGAAAAAUAUAAAUCAAAGCAAUGUAAAGUAUUAAUGGAUAUACAUCAAUUGGAUGAUUAUAUCGCUACGUUUCACCUUAAAAUAAAAGAGGGCCCUUAUUAUAUAUGUUCUGUUUGUAAUCGAUUACUCUACAAAAAGUCAGUGGUGUCAUUAAAACAAGAUAAAUACAUAAAUUUGCCUGAAACUCUGUUCACUAAUGUGGAGUCAUUCGAUGACAAACAAUACAUUUGUAAAACAUGCCAUUCAAAGCUAUUAAAAGGGAAAAUUCCUUGUCAAGCAAUAUGUAAUAACAUGCAUGUUGAUGCUAUACCAGCGGAGCUUGCAUCUUUAGAAAAACUCGAACAAAUCCUUAUUGCACAACGAAUAGUUUUUGAGAAGAUAAUAGUUAUGCCAAAAGGACAACAAAAAAAAAUUAAGGGGGCAAUCUGUAACGUGCCCGUUGAAUGCGAUAAUACUUGUAAAGUUUUACCACGACCACCAGAAAGAUCCGGUAUCAUAAUGUUAAAGCUUAAACGUAAACUUGAAUUCAGAGGUCAUGUUUAUUUUCAAGCAGUACGUCCCCAGUUCAUUCUUGAUGCACUUAAAUGGCUUAAGUCAAACAAUGAAUUAUAUAGUAAUAUUACAAUUGAUAUUGAAAAUAUCAGUGAAAAACUUAUGACAUUACAACAAGAUGACAAUACUUCACUUAUGAAAUCUGACAACAAUAAACUGAUGUCCUUAACCGCACAAAACUGCAAACAACAGGAUACAAAUCAUGAUGAUAGCGAGGAAGAAGAUGAUCCAUUGAAUAAACAUAGGCAAGCAACUAAUGAGACAUGUUUGCAGUCUGUAUUACCAAACUACCCUGUGACAGAAACGAAUCAACAUUGCUCAUUGGGGAAUGAAGUGUUCAAUAUUGCACCUGGAGAAAACCAACACCCUGUAUCACUAAUGAAAGACCUAAGAUGUGAAGAGCUUGCAUUUCCAGUGUUAUUCCCUGAGGGACAAUUUGGCUUCACACAUGACAGAGACAUUAAAUUGUCACCAGUAAAGUAUUUCAAUGCUCGACUCUUACAUUAUAGUGGAAGGUUUGCAACAAAUCCAGAGUAUCUUUUCUUUGCUCAAUUCAUAAUGGAACAAAAAAAAGUAUCAGAUAGUAUUAAUAUAGCGUUAAAAAAAAUCCAUGGCCAACCAGUCACUGCAUCAGAAGUAAAAUCUGAUUUAAACAAGUUAAAAGGCUUAAUUUUUCAAGAUCAAGCAUAUUUAUUUCUUCGGCAAAUUCCUGGCAAACCUCCCUAUUGGCAAAAAUUUAUGUAUGAAGUAGUAGCCAUGGUGAAACAACUUGGGAUACCAACAUGGUUUAUGACAUUAUCAUGUGCCGAUCUUAGAUGGCCAGAAUUGUUUCAAAUUAUAUCUAGAACACAAGGAAAAAAUAUUACUGAUGAGGAAGUUGAAGCUUUAUCAUACAAUGAAAGAUGUUCAAUGUUAAAUCUUAAUCCUGUUGUUGUUGCAAAGCAUUUUCAACACAGAGUCGAAACAUUCUUCACUGAAGUUCUGCUUACUCAAAAUAAUCCAAUUGGUAAAAUAAUCUAUUAUGCACUUCGCAUUGAAUUUCAAAUGAGAGGAUCUCCUCAUUUACAUGCACUAAUAUGGACUGCUGAUUGCCCCAAACUUACAUCUGACAGCAAGGAAGCUUACAUGCAAUUUAUAGAUAACCAUGUACAAGCCCAUCUUCCAGAUGAGAAAAAAGAACCAGAGUUACAUGAAUUAGUUAAAACUUAUCAGAAGCACAAUCAUUCUAAAACUUGCAGGAAGUACAAAAAUAUCAGUUGCAGAUUUAAUUUUGGUCAAUUUUUCAGCAAAAGCACAAUAGUAGCCGAACCUCUUAAUGAUGACCUAGAUGAAGAGAUCAAAAGUAAUAUACUUGAGAGGCGAAAACAGAUUCUGACGUCGGUGAAACAGAAAAUAGACGAAGUAUUAAACCCAUCUAAGCCAGAAUAUAAUGAAACAUUAAAUGAUACAGAGAUCCUAAAUUUGAUAGGUAUCACCGAGGAUGAAUAUUAUUGGGCUCUAUCAAUAUCACCAGACUCUGAUUUUGAGUUGCAUCUUAAAAGACCAACAGAUAGUUGUUUUAUUAACAACUACUUUGUCGCUGGCAUUAAGGGAUUUGCAGCAAAUGUUGACUUGCAACCUGUAUUCAAUCACUACAAAUGCAUAACAUAUGUUUGCUCAUAUUUCACUAAAGAUGAAACUGAAUGUUCUCAAGCCAUUGCAAAUGCAGCAAAAGAAGCGAAAGCUGCUAACAUAGAUAUUAGAGACGGCCUAAAAAAAAUCGGUGCUGCUUUUCUCUCUACAAGAGAAGUUAGUUCCCAAGAAUGUGUUUACAGAUCAAUGCCUGAACUUUGGUUGCGAAAAAUAUUUCCGAAAACAGUUUUUAUUAGUACAGACUUUCCAGAGAAACGGAUACGUGUUACUAAGACAAAAGCAGAGCUUGAUGAGCUGGAUGAUGAGAGUACAGAUAUUUUUAAAUCAAAUAUAAUUCAGCGUUACAGCAUUAGACCAAAAUCAAUAGCACUAGUUGAUAAAUUAUGUCUAGCAGAAUUUGCUGCAUAUUAUUAUAAAGAUUAUAUUAUUGGCCACAAUGAAACAAAUGAUUCUCAGCCAGAUGUUUUAACUGAUGACUUCGUUGAAGCACAAAGUGGCACAAUAAAUUGCCUUCCCCAAAAAAUAAAAUUAAUCAACACUAAUGAAUACAUGAAAUGCAGAAAAGUUAAAGCUGUAUUAAGGUAUCAUACACCCAACAAAGAAAAAGAACCAGAAUCGUAUUUUCACCAUUUGCUUAUGCUGUAUUAUCCAUGGCGAGAUGAAAAUAAUCUCAUGGCUUCAGAUCAAACAUAUACAUCUAAGUUCUAUGAACCAGAUGUUCAAGCCAUCAUCGAGCACAACAGAGCAAUAUUUCAACCUGAUGCAGAUGCUAUUAGCAAUGCUCUUGAACUAUUGAGAUGCAAUCAGAACAAUAUUCAUUCAUUUUAUUCAAUAAAUGAUCAAGAAAAUGCUGAUUUGCAAGGUGAAAUGCAAGAUGACUCAAUACCACAUGAAUCAUUUAAUGAACAAUUACCUUCCCACCUUGAUGUAGCACCACAAUCUAAUCAGAAUUCUUCCUCUGGAGUUAUUAGUUCUUGCAACCAACCACAAGAGAUCUCUGACGAUAUAUUACGUCAAACCGUAAGAUCUUUAAAUUUUGAGCAACGUCAUGCAUAUGAUAUAUUUCUCAAAUGGUGUAGGAAUACAAUGAAAAACAUGAACAGCAUAAAACCUUAUAAAAUAGAACCAAUCUAUCUUUUCUUGACUGGCGGUGGAGGUGCAGGAAAAAGUCACUUGAUUAAAACAAUAUACCAUACAGCAUUCAAGACAUUUAGACACCCUCCUAUCAACCCUGAAUCUCCAACAGUUAUUCUGGUGGCACCAACAGGUGUAGCUGCAAUAAACAUUGAUGGAACAACAAUAAAUACUGCUCUGGCUAUACCUAAAGAAACUGGUGAUAAUGUACCUCCAAUCUAUUAUAGUUGUGGGUGA